ACAGUACUGCCCAACUCCGGAGAAAUGGGAUUAACGGUGAGGAUCAUCUGUUUGGAGAGAAAUACAAUAGGAAGUAGGAAUGGCUUAAAAUGUAGCUUAUCACGGAGAAUAAACACUCAAAAUAUAAUUAUCUAAGAGGAGUCCCAACCGCAAUUCCACGCUUUGCCUAACCCAAACCAACACUCCAAAACGAGAAUCAAUUUCCGUCUCUAAGCUUCUCUUCAAUUCAAAACCCUAAUACCGGUUGAAUUGGCAUCAUGGACAUGAGAGUUGGGCUCCUAUUUCUUCUUGUUUUGGGUGCUGGCUUGGCUUCUGCUGCUAGGCAAAUGGCAGACACUGAGCUUUCUCAUGGAAGCAUAUUGAUAUCUGAUAUGCUAGCUACCGAAAUGAAAGACCAGGAGCAAGUAAAGGAAAAUCAACCUUCAAAUGAAGUUGUUGGGAAUGAGCAAGUAUGCGUAUUAUGUGAAGAAUUUGCUUCCCAGGCACUUGAUUACCUAACUGAAAACAAGACCCAGACUGAAAUUCUUGGUGCUCUUCAUCAAGCCUGCUCCCGGGUGCCUACUUUCAAGCAACAGUGCAUGACUUUGGUGGACUAUUAUGCUCCUCUCUUCUUUCUGGAGGUUUCAUCAGUGCAGCCAGAAGAAUUCUGUCAAAAGGUCAAUCUCUGUCAGGAAAUAGUAUUCAUCUCCUCAAAGUUCCAAGAAGAUAGAUGUGGGAUUUGCCACCGAGCUGUUGCAGAAGUAUUAAUCAAGUUGAAAAAUCCUGACACACAGCUUGAGAUAAUCGAGGUGCUUUUGAAGGGAUGCGAUUCUAUGGAGAACUAUGCAGCAAAGUGCAAGAGGUUGGUAUUCGAGUAUGGUCCUAUUAUCCUCACCAAUGCUGAACAGUUUCUGGAAAGCCGAGACAUAUGCACCAUGUUACACGCCUGUGAUACACCUCAAGUCAGUAGUGGAGAAGCAGCAACAAUAGCAAAGGCCGAUUCAUAAUCAUGCUGGUAGAAAUCAAAUGAAAUGAAAAUUAAUACAAUUCAAACUGUUGUGAAAAUUCUUUCGCUCCAAUUGUGUGUAUGAUACGAUUUCUAUACUAUGAUCCUCCUGCUGUUGUAAUUAUGUUAUAACGAUAAUUUAUAAUUUCAUUACUUUUUAAACA